CUCAAAUUUAGUAUAAAUAUUGAUGUCGGGACUAAAGUUACACCAAUUUUUUUACCGAAGUUUCUCUUAAGUUAUUCUGCCAUGAGCGUUUUACGUUCGUGUUUAUCGAUUUUGUUGCUGGGCUGUGUCGUACAAGGCCAUUACAAAUGUCGCGAAAAUGAAAUAUGGAAAUCUUCUUUGUUUGGAGGAUCUUGUCAAUGUGUAGAAGGAUACAAACCAAACGUUCUUGGAAUAUGCGAAAAACCCGAUCUUUGUUCCGGUAAAAACUGUCCUAAACAUAGUCACUGUGAAAAUGGAGUCUGUGUAUGCGAUCCUGGUUGUGAAAUAAAACACGGAAUAUGUGAAGAAAGUUUAUCUAAGCGAUUCAAUAAUGAAGGAAAAGAAUUGAUAUAUGAUGCCUGUAAGGACGUUACAUGUCAACUGAAUGAAAUUUGCAUCAGACUUCCUUACUCCGAUCAAGGAAAAUGUGUUUGCAAACCAGGAUAUGUUUACAAGAUUGGAGUUUGUGUCAGAGCGAUUUCAAACCCAUGUGCUUACAUGUCGUGUCGAGAGAAUGAAGAAUGUAUGACUUUUGAUGGAAAUGCUUAUUGCGUUUGUAAGUUCGGAUACAUGAAGACCAAAGGUGUAUGCGAAAAAAAAAAUGUCUGCCAUGACCACUCCUGUCCAGCGAAUGGAUAUUGUGUAGUUGAUAAUGGGAAUCCUGUUUGCAAGUGCCUAGAAGGAUAUUAUAUGUCACACAGCUCAUGCAAAAAAAUAGUGGCAGAUCCUUGUGCCUCAGUGUCCUGCAAUAAACAUGAAGAAUGUAUCGUACAUAGCGGAAAAGGUUACUGCGUUUGUAAAGUUGGAUACAUGAAGAACGGUCAUGGGGAAUGUGCAUUGAGAAAUCCUUGCGACGAUAAAGUGUGCUUCGACAACAGUUACUGUAUUAUGGAAGACGACAAGCCGGUUUGCAAAUGCACUGAUGGAUACAAGUUAGAUGGCGGAUUAUGCAUCAAAAUCAUCGUGUUGAGCCCUUGCGCUGCAAUGAAGUGUGGAGUUCAUGAAGAAUGCCUAGUACAUGAAAACAAGGGAUAUUGUGUAUGUAAUCCUGGAUACAUGAAAAACAUCGAUGGAAUUUGUGAAAAAAAAUCUCUUUGCCACGAUCACAAAUGUCAUGAACACAGUUACUGUGUAGAGAAAAACAACAAGGCAUACUGUGAAUGCAUGGAAGGAUACGUUUAUUUGGAUGGCGUGUGCAAAACUAAAGUAAUCGUUGUCAACCCGUGCGAUUUCAUGAAAUGUGGUCUCCACGAGGAAUGUGUGACUCACGAAGGAAAGGGAUAUUGUGUAUGCUUAUAUGGAUACAGAAAAAAUUCUAACGGAAUUUGCGAAAAGAAAACACCUUGUCAUGAUCACAUUUGUCAAGAAAAUAGCUACUGUAUUAUGGAAGGAGAUAAAGCAAUGUGCAAAUGUUUAGAUGGUUACUCAAGCUCCGGCGGUGGUUGCAAAAAAAUUUUCAGCGAUCCUUGCAAUUUGAGAGUUUGUGGAAAUUAUGAAGAAUGUGUCAGUCAGGAAGGAAAAGGAUAUUGUGUGUGUAAACCUGGAUACACCAAGAACACGAAUGGAAUUUGUGAACUAAAUAAUCCAUGCGAAAAGAAACAAUGCCAACCGAAUAGUUACUGCGUUCUACCUCAAGGUGAACCAAUUUGCCAAUGCAUUCAAGGAUACUCGCUCUCUCCAUCAGGCGAUUGCAAAAAAAUCUCCGUUGAUCCAUGUUUCUUGAAAAAGUGUCUACCUAAUGAAGUGUGCGUUAAUAGUGAUGGUCAGGGAGUCUGCACUUGUAAAACUGGUUAUAAGAGGAACCAGUACGGAUUCUGCGAAAAAAUCUCCACUGAUCCAUGUACCUUGACAAAAUGUCUACCUGAUGAAGUGUGCGUUAAUAGUGAUGGUCAAGGAGUCUGCACUUGUAAACGUGAUUAUAAGAGGAACCAGUAUGGAUUCUGCGAAAAAAUUGAUCCUUGUAUGUAUACGAAAUGCUUUGAAAAUAGCUACUGCGUUGUCGUUGGCAAACAGGGUAUUUGCCAGUGCAAAGAUGGCUACAAGAUGUCUGCUGAUGGAAUUUGCCAAAGCAUGAGCACAGAUCCUUGUGAGACCAAAAUUUGCAAUUUUCGAAAGGUUUGUGUUGCAUAUGAGGGACGAGCCCACUGUAUUUGCCAAGCUGGAUAUUCUGAAAACACUAAUGGAAAUUGCGAAGCUAACAAGCAUCCAUGUCAUGGCAUCGUAUGCCCAUCAUACAGUCACUGUGAGGUCGAGGGAUCUUAUGGAGUGUGCAGAUGUGACAAUAAAUACAUGGCUAAAGAGGGUCUAUGCAUACCUACUUAUCCAUGCCUGGACAAACUGUGCCCAAUCGGUAGUCACUGCGUGGAUGGACACUGUGUUUGCAAAAGAGGGUAUUCAAAGGGUCUUGGUGGCGUUUGCAUAGAUCGUUGUUCAAACAUAAGAUGUGCACUUCCGAAUACUCAUUGUUACGAUGGUCAAUGCGUAUGUAAGGAAGGAUUCAGAAUGAACCAAUAUGGGCAAUGCGUGGAAUUUGACCACUGCAGAAACGGACGUCAAUGCUCACUAAAUAGUUAUUGCAACGAAGACAGAAUUUGUGUUUGCAAUCAGUAUUAUCAUCGAAACAUGAACGGACUUUGCAUAGGUGAUAACCCAUGUCUCGGGUUCAAAUGCGGAUUCAAUCAAGUUUGCAAAGUGAAUGAAGUCAGCCAAAAACCACAAUGCGUUUGCUCCUUGGGAACAAUAUAUCUUCCUUUCAUGAAAGGAUGCAUCUGGAUUCAUCUCUUGAUACCUAAAAAGAAGAAAUGCGACCCCGAGUGUCCUCCAAAGUCUUAUUGUUCCAAAGGGGAAUGCGUGUGUAAAGCUGGAUAUGUGAAAGAUGAUUAUGACCGAUGUAUUGAUCCCGAUAGCACUCCGCCACCACCAAUUGAUGAAUGCGACUUAGAGCUGGAUAAUUGUGAUCGCACAAACGGAUACUGUGUUGAUACGCCUUACUCAUAUUAUUGCCAAUGCAAUGAAGGAUAUGUGGGCGAUGGAAGAAUUUGUAAAGAUAUCAAUGAAUGUAAUUCUGUUAUUCCAUCCUGUGAUUCGACACAAAACUGUAUCAACACUAUCGGUUCGUAUUAUUGUGAAUGCAAGGAUGGAUAUAUCCAGUAUGGAGAUACAUGUAAACCAAAAGAUCCCGAUAGUACUCCGCCACCACCAAUUGAUGAAUGCGACUUGGAAAUGGAUAAUUGUGAUCGCAUAAACGGAUACUGUGUUGAUACGCUUUACUCAUAUUAUUGCCAAUGCAAUGAAGGAUAUUUUGGCGAUGGAAGAACUUGUGAAGAUAUCAAUGAAUGUAAUUCUGUUAUUCCAUCCUGUGAUUCGACACAAAACUGUAUCAACACUAUCGGUUCGUUUUAUUGUGAAUGCAAGGAUGGAUAUAUUCCGAAUGGAGAUACAUGUAAACCAAAAGAUCCCGAUAACACUCCGCCACCACCAAUUGAUGAAUGCGACUUAGAAAUGGAUAAUUGUGAUCGCAUAAACGGAUUCUGUGUUGAUACACUUUACUCAUAUUAUUGUCAAUGCAAUGAAGGAUAUGUAGGCGAUGGAAAAAUUUGUAAAGAUAUCAAUGAAUGUAAUUCUGUCAUUCCAUCCUGUGAUUCGACACAAAACUGUAUCAACACUAUCGGUUCGUUUUAUUGUGAAUGUAAGGAUGGAUAUAUUCCGAAUGGAGAUACAUGUAAACCAAAAGAAUCCGAAGAUCCAUGUGAUCCAAACCCAUGUACGAAUGGGAACUGUAUUCGCUUGAGUAAAACCGAAUUCAAAUGUUCGUGUCCCAAAUGGUACGAAGGAAAUUAUUGCGAAAUAUAUAAUCCACCCACGGAUCCAUGUGACCCAAAUCCAUGUAAUGGACAUAGCUGUGUUAGUUUUAAAGGAAUCUACUCGUGUAAAUGCAGGAAGGGAUAUUUUGGAAAGCAUUGUGAGAAAGAGGAUCCACCUAACGGAUGUGACCCAAAUCCAUGCAUGAACAGCGUCAAGUGUAUUCCAAAACCCUUCGGAAAGUUUCAAUGCCUCUGUAAGAAAGGAUAUUUUGGAAAACAUUGUGAUAAAGAGGAUCCACCUAACGGAUGUGACCCAAAUCCAUGCAUGAACAGCGCCGAGUGUAUUCCAAAACCCUUCGGAAUAUUUCGAUGCAUCUGUAAAAAAGGAUAUUAUGGAAUGUAUUGUGAUAAAAAAUACGAAACACCCAAAACACCAAAGAAUCCAUGCUAUCCCAACCCAUGCCAAAACGGAAAAUGUUUGUCACCACCUGGACAAAAAGGAGGAUAUAAAUGCAUUUGUUAUAAAGGGUAUAGAGGGGAUCACUGCGAAUAUAAAAAUCCAAAAACGCCCAAAACACCUAAUAAAUGCUACCCGAAUCCGUGCCAAAACAGCGGGAAGUGCUACAAGAAUAUGUUUGGAUAUCAGUGCAGUUGUGAGAAAGGAUACUACGGAAAACACUGCGAAUAUUACAAACCAAAAACACCCACUCCAAAAAAUAAAUGCUACCCGAAUCCAUGCCAACACGGUGGAAAAUGCUUUAAAAAGAUGUUUGGAUACGAAUGCCGUUGCGUGAAAGGAUACUGGGGCGAAAACUGCCAAUACAAAUACGAAACCCCCAAAACACCAAAGAAUCCAUGCUAUCCCAACCCAUGCCAAAACGGAAAAUGUUUGUCACCACCUGGACAAAAAGGAGGAUAUAAAUGCAUAUGCUAUAAAGGUUAUAAAGGGGAUCACUGCGAAUACAAAAAUCCAAAGACGCCCAAAACACCAAUAACACCUAAUAAAUGCUACCCGAAUCCUUGCCAAAACAGCGGGAAGUGCUACAAGAAAAUGUUUGGAUAUCAGUGCAGUUGUGAGAACGGAUACUACGGAAAACACUGCGAAUAUUACAAACCAAAAACACCCACUCCAAAAAAUAAAUGCUACCCGAAUCCAUGCCAACACGGUGGAAAAUGCUUUAAAAAAAUGUUUGGAUACGAAUGCCGUUGCGUGAAAGGAUACUGGGGCGAAAACUGCCAAUACAAAGAAACAAAACCAGAUAAGUGUAAUCCGAAUCCAUGCCAGAAUGACGGAAAAUGCUCCGAGUCUAUGUUUGGAUAUACUUGUCUUUGCAAGUGGGAUUAUUGGGGAAAGAAUUGUGAAAAUGAAAAAAAUCGUCCGAAAACUCCCUCAAAAAACAAAUGUUAUCCAAAUCCAUGUAUGCACGACGGUGAGUGCUACGUAACUAAGUUUGGGUACAAAUGCAGUUGCAAAAAAGGAUAUACUGGGAAUAACUGUCAAUAUAAAUACAAUUCAUCUCCUAAACCCAAAGACCGGUGUGAUCCUAACCCAUGUGCAAACGGUGGAACGUGCAAGAAAUCGUUUUAUGGAUACAAAUGCGAUUGUCCCAAGGGAUAUACUGGAAAACAUUGUGAAUCAAAAUACAACAACCCAUCUCCUAAACCAAAAGGACAAUGUAAUCCUAACCCGUGCAGAAAUGGUGGAACGUGUAGAUCUUCGUUGUUUGGAUACAAUUGCAACUGUCCCUAUGGGUAUUAUGGAAAACGAUGCGAUUCGAAAAAGGGUGGAUCUCCGAAGAGCAAGGGUUCGCCAAAAGGAUCACCUAAGAAAAACUCGCCGAAAGGUUAUUCACCCAAGAAAAAAACAUCAAAAGGUUAUUCACCCAAGAAAAAAACACCAAAAGGAGAUUCACCAAAAAGUAAUUCCCCAAAAGGUGGUAACAAAAAGAAGAAGGGCUCACCAAGAAGAGGUUAAUUAAACUGUCGGUCUCCCAGCAAUGAGAUACUAUUUAUAACAGAAGGAACAUAAACAAUACAUUUGUGUAAUUUAAUUUAUAAUAUGUAUAAUCCUGAAUUUAUGUAUGGAGCAAUGCCUGCUGAAUCUGUAAUAGAUUAACGCAAGAUGCAAAAAAA